AUGCACCACCACCAAAUGUUUGACCUGGCAUGCCAAUGGUCCAUUUGGGCAUGCCACAUCGAGCACCAACAGUCCAUCUGGCGUUUGCCGGUUGCCUCAUUUCGAAAAUCUUUUAAAACUGUUCAAAGACCGGUUUUGAUCGGUUGCAACCGGUUAAACGGUCAUAGUAAUAAUAGUCGAGAUAUAAAUGGUUUAUAUUGGUAUAAUAAAUUAUACGCAAAAAAACCGGUCUGGAUCGGUCUCAACUGGCUCCAUAGACCGCAAAAGACCGGUCCUAGGUGGUUCAGUUCGGUUCCCUCAAUAUCUGGUCCCAUCAUCAGCCAGCCAGCACAUCCAAAACCAGCCCAGUGGCCACCAUCACCACAUCCAACAACCACCACAUCCAACACCUCUGGUGCUGAGCAUCGAUCAUCACUUGUUGUCAAGGUUAAGAGUCCAAAGGGAAGGGCAGGGUAUCGGGAAGUUCAUGAGGCACAAUCUUCGAGCUGGCCUCUUGCCAACAUAUACGCCAACCUCUUCAAACUGAUCCCAGGUAAGUCUAUGGCUCUUCCCUCUCCACACCUUGCUCUGACAAGCGACGAUCACAGAUGUCAUCAUGCUUCAUUGACCACAACCACGACGGACGGCCAUGCCACCAUGACAGACGAGCACGAAGCAACAACCACUACAACAGACGACCCCAGCCAUGACCAUGGACAACGACGUACUGCCACAGACACCAACCUACCACCAACCAUGACCACGAUGCAUUACAAUGUCAAUGGACUACCACAAUGUGAAGACGAAAUGAUGGACAAUGGGGCCCAUGACCAGACAACAACAACAACACUGGACCAACACAACACAACCACCCUACCAAGACUAGAACAGGUGACGAUGACCCAGCACGUACCACGAUGA